AUGCAAACACCUGUCGCGGCAUCAGAUGUUCUCAUUCCUGCUGAUAAUAAAGGCAUGAAAAAAGCGACGCCAACAUUAGAUUUUCAAACUGUCGGAUCAGAAAUGAUUGGCCAGGAACAAAAGUUAGAAUUUCAAGAAUGGAUAAAGUUAAUGUUGGAUCGUGAAUGUACGCCAAUACUUUACGUUUAUUUUGCUGGUAUUGCUAUACUUGGUGUUAUUACUGCUGGUAUCAUUGUUAUCAUUGGCUUACAAUGUAAUUGGAAUUUUGUUGCUUUACAGUGA